AUGUCGGACAGCCCAGUUCCCGCCCUUCUGAGGCCUACGGCCGCUGAAUUUGUUCCCGGUCAGCUUGCGCAUCCCAGCCCUGCGUCGAGCGAGCGCGUCUCUUCCCCUGCGACGCCGCCUCAGCAAGGCUUCAACGCUCAUCCCCAGUAUCAGCUCCCGCAACAUCCACAGGGACUGCCAUACUGUAGCCCUGGUUUCUACGGGUAUCAGCCAUACCCCCUAUACGAUGGCUACACCCACUACUACAACCAGGUCCACAACCCCUUCGACUUCCACGCCACUCCACCCAUGAACUACGUGCAGCCCCAAGGCCCUAUGUGGAACCACGAACAGUUCUCCUCCAUCGAGUACACCGCAGGCACGCCCGAGCCGUUCACAAACCAGCACCGCGAGGUCAACGGCGUACGGGCCGGCACGAUGCCCUACCAGAACAACCACCAGGGCCGCUAUCAGAAUGGAAACGGUGUGGACCCCAACACCGGGCUCAGGAGGAGGCCUAGGAAGAAUAACCGUAGGAAGUAUAACCACCGGGCGCGGGGACAGAACCAGAACCAGGAUCACGACCAAGACCAAGACCACGACGACGACGACGACCAAGGUCACGAGCAACAGCAGAAGCCUGGCGGCGAGGCCAGUGGAACCUAUCGACGAAACCCGCCUCGUGAACAAGACUGA